CGUCAUACUUUGUGCGGGGGAUUUUACGGAGAUGAAGUGGAGCUGAUUGACAUGUCCAACAGCUGCUAGCACGACAGUUCUUGACCAUGAAGACCACACUGUGCGAAAAAUGCCUUGUGUUGAGUGUUAUCAUGGCCUCAACGCGGAGAUGCGCGGAGAUGAGGGACAUCUCCGCGACCCCCGCCAUAGUGGGACGCGUCGAUUGAAAACAAGCGAUGCGGAAACGGUUGUGACGGAAAAAAAGGGUCAGAGUGGUGCAAUUGAGUAUUCAGCCUUCACAGCUAUAUAUAUAUGUCGAUAGAAUCGUUCAAUUGAUCAAUUGCGCAAGGUCAAUCAAUUGUCCAGAAACUUUACCAUGGCGAAUACCCUUACCAACUAUGCGGCCUACAUCGACCCAACCAUCCAAACAUCCCGGAUAGGGCAUUUGGACCUUGGGAUAUCUACGAUCACGCCUCUAUCUUUCCGGUCUGGCGCCCCUCUCACGAACCUCUACCAAGUGAUCAAUGCCGGCGAGGCCAACAUCGCGACGUACCCAGGGCAAGAAACCCUCCCACUAUCCAGCGUCAAACUCCUCCCCCCAAUCUCGGACCGCGACGUCCUAGCCGUGGGAAAGAACUACUUAGAGCACGCGCGUGAAUUCAACACCUCUGGCUUUGAUGCCAGCGACAAGAAUGACCAACCGACUCACCCCGUCAUUUUCACUAAACGCGCCACCUCGAUCAUCGGCCAUGAGGACCCUAUCCUUCUCCAUCCGGAAUUCACCAGCACCCCCGACUACGAGGGUGAGAUUGGGGUGAUUGUUGGAAAGCCUGGUUUUCGAGUCUCUGAAGAACAAGCCAUGGAGCAUAUCUGGGGCUACACGAUUAUCAAUGACAUGACAGCGCGCGAACGCCAGCGCGACCAUAAGCAGUUCUUCCUGGGUAAAUCGCCAGAUACGUUCUGUCCGAUGGGUCCAAUUGCCGUACCCAAGGAGGCGCUACCAGAGGAUUUGAUAGUGCAGACGCACGUGAACGGGGAGAAGAGACAGGAGGCGUCAAUUCGGGAGCUGAUCUUUAGUAUCCCAACUUUGGUGGCGAGUAUCAGCGCCGCGCAGACGUUGCAGGCCGGUGACGUGUUGGCAACGGGAACGCCGUAUGGUGUGGGAUUCGGAUUUCGGCCGAUGAAGUUUUUGCAGCCUGAGGAUGAGGUUUGUGUUAGUGUUUCAGGGUUGGGGACGUUGAAGAAUCCGAUUGCUAGUCUUGAUGCUGUCAAUUAUACGACCGAGAAUGUGAAGAAUGAUCGAAGUGUCAUUCCUGUGUCGAAUGCGAAGGCUCCCGCGGGAUCGGGAUUGCACAGGAUCAACGGAAAGGAUUUCUUUUACCAGCACGUUGGCAACGAAGAUGGACCACCUGUGAUCUUCAUCCACGGACUGGGCGCAUCGUCUACAUAUUACACUCCGUUGAUUUCGAAACUCGAACAAUCGCAUUCAUUGCAUUUCCUUGACCUCGAAGGACAUGGCCUCUCCCCGACAUCAGCAUCGAGCGAACUUACGAUUGCCUCAUAUGCAGAGGACAUAUACCAACUUAUCCAAUUCGCAUCAAUCAACACCCCAGCCACAAUAAUCGGCCACUCAAUGGGGUGCCUCAUCGCCGCACACCUAGCCCUCCACCACCCAGAACAAGUCUCCAAACUCAUCCUCCUAGGACCUCCGCCCUCGCCCCUCCCCGAACCCGCCAGUCAAGCGAUGUACGCCCGCGCCGCCCUAGUCCGCGAAAAAGGCAUGCUAGCCGUCGUCGACGCAAUUAUCCAAGCUGGUCUAUCUGCGCAAGUCCGCGCGAAUAACCCUCUAGCCGUCACGGCUGUGCGGCUGUCACUGCUAGGACAAGAUGCGGAGGGGUAUGCGAAGGGGUGUAUGGCAUUGGCUGCUUCUGCUAAAGACACAUUAGACUUUAGCAAGGUUCGGUGUUUGGUUGUUAUUGUUACUGGGGAGGAGGAUAGGGUUGGGUCGGUGGAGGUCUGUGAGAGGUAUGCGGGGCAGGUUGAGGAUGGGAGGGUUGACGUGCUUAGGGGUGUUGGGCAUUGGCAUUUGCUAGAGGAUGUACAGGGGUGUGUUGAGGCUGUAUUAAGUGCGCUAUAGUACUAUCUUAUAGAAUAACCAAUUAUAGUUGACCAACACUGCCUCAUGAAUACUACGAGAAUGUAGAAUACGGGCAGUCACGUUCACCGACAACACAAAAUCAACCAUCUUUUCUACAUCGUACACCACCAUUACAACAAACCAA